AUAUAUAUAAACUGAAGCAUUUAAAGAAAUAAUAAAGAAUGUCGAUGUUGCCAUGGUUAAGUUAAAUGUAAAGGUUUACAUUCUUAUUGACAACGGUUAAAGUGGAUUUGCCAUCGAAAAGAAGAAAACAACAACAACAAUAACAGCUACAGCUACACUAACAAUUUCGACUAAAUGCAGGGAUGCAAGUAUCAGUGUGACUCAGACUGUUUUUUUUUUCUAUAAUUACGAUGGAGCUGUUCGCCUACAUUUUACCUUCCAUACUACAAUGGCUGUGCAUAUAUGGCACUUCUGCUGCAGACGUCCUGUAUGGAUUGCAUUCUGACGAACUCAAAUCCGGUGCACUUAUCGUUCCGAGGCGUGUUAAUGAACGUGGAGAAUUCCUGACUCACGAUUUGGCCUAUCGCCAUGACCAAAACUAUCGCUCUGAACAUAGCCGUCGUCGUCGAAAUGUGGCUAAAAGUAUUGAAAAAGUACACUACAGACUGGAUGUGGAAAAUCAGACUAUACAUCUUGAAUUAGAACCACAUAGUUAUUUUAUGGCACCGAACAUGGUUAUCGAGAGACAUCGAAGAGAUAUUCGGACACGUCAAAUGGCUAUAAAAGGCACCGACUGUCAUUUUCAUGGCAAAGUGCGAGGGCAUUUCGAGUCAAAUGUAGCGAUAUCCGCAUGCGAAGGAUUGGUCGGUCACAUUAAAACCAAAAAUCAUGAAUACUACAUUGAACCCUCGAAAAACGGUCACGCUGACACAGUAAAUGGGCGUGCCCAUGUACUAUUUAAUAGAUCAUCUUUAAAAGUAAAGAAGCAGAACAUUAGUAAAUCAAUAAGCAAUGAGAACCACAAACGAAAACAAAAGCAACGAGAGGCGCUCAUCAGCAAUUGCGGUACUAAGGAGCCCAAGUUACAUAGCGAAACACGGCUGGAAUGGCACGCGCAGGGAAAGGUCAAAAUUCAAGGUGGUAGAAAAUUGCGACAACAAAAUGUACACCAAAGAAUAAAACAUCAGCAUCGACACCGACAUCUCCAUAAACAUGAACAUCAGCAACAACGACAACAACAUAAAAACUCAUUGCAAAAUAUGUUAAAGCGACGUCAUCGGAAGUAUCAUCAACUAUCUGAACCGCCAUCGCAGCAGUCACCGCCGAAUGCAGAAAUGGAAUUCAAAUAUGAGACUGCAACAGAUGAGAUUAAAGCGAUCAGCGGCGGCAACAAAACUGAUUUCUUCAUUCCCUCUCACUUCGUUAAGCAAAAUAGUGAGGCCGCCACAACAACAAGCACCAACAACAUUGCCGCCAACGUUCAGAACAACAACAACAAUAGAGACGACGACAAUAAACAAAGUUUAAAUAUGGGAAACGGAAAACGCACAAAACGUUCAAUUAGCAGCCCACGUCAUGUGGAAGCGUUAAUAGUGGCAGAUGCAACGAUGGUCGCCUUUCAUCACAAAUUGGAGACAUAUCUACUAACCAUAAUGAAUAUGGUAUCGGCGCUGUACAAGGAUCCCAGCAUUGGCAAUUCAAUUGAGAUUGUUGUCGUCAAAAUGAUUUUGCUGGAAGAGUACGAAGCGCAUCCAGAUCUUAAUCUGACACAAAAUGCCCAAAAGAAUUUGGAUACAUUUUGUAGCUGGCAGCACAAACUGAAUACAGUCAAUAAGGACGAUACAUAUCAUCACGAUGUUGCCAUUCUCAUAACAAGGACGAAUAUAUGCGGUAACAAUUGCAUGACUCUCGGAUUGGCUAAUGUGGGUGGCAUGUGCAAGCCGAAGCAGUCCUGCAGCGUCAACGAGGAUAAUGGUAUCAUGCUUUCACAUACAAUCGCACAUGAACUGGGACACAAUUUCGGCAUGUUCCACGAUACCGCAAAAAUCGGAUGCCAUCCUCGAAUCGGCUCAAUUGUUCACAUAAUGACUCCGACUUUUGGUGCCGAUACCUUGCAAGUUAGCUGGUCGAAUUGCAGUCGGAAAUAUAUUACACAAUUUCUCGACCAGGGUCUAGGCAAUUGUUUAGAUAAUACACCAACUGCGGUAAAAAAAUACGUUUACCCUGCUCUGCCUCCCGGAGUACUUUUCGACGCCGAGCGGCAAUGCCGGUUGCAGUUCAAUCUUACGGACUCCGACCUCGAUGCGUCAUCAUGUACGUCCAUGAAUGAAAUCUGUUCAGCUUUGUGGUGCAGAGUGAAUGGCGAAUGCGUAACGAAUAUGCGGCCGACGGCACCGGGAACCAGUUGUGGCGAUGGAAAGUGGUGCCAGAAUGGGAAGUGUGUGCCUAUUGAGCAAGCUCUGCCCGUUAACGGCAAUUGGGGCAAUUGGUCUCAGUGGAGUGAAUGCUCGAGAACUUGCGGUGGAGGCGUGUCUACGCAAAAACGUGAAUGCAACAAUCCGGUUCCGGCGAAUGGAGGUCUCUUUUGCAUCGGUGAGAGAAAAAGAUAUAAAAUAUGCAACUAUCAACCAUGCCCGGCGGGGGAGGUCAGUUUUCGAGCAAAGCAAUGUUCAAAGUAUGACAAUGUGUGCUAUCAGGGUGGAACUUAUAAAUGGCAACCAUUUUUCGAUAAAAAGAACUCGUGCAAGUUGCAGUGUACUGAUGUCGACGAUACGAUUAUAGCAAACUGGGGUGAAAUGGUGGCUGAUGGGACUCCUUGUCGCGUUGGCACCAAUAAUAUGUGCAUCGAUGGAAUUUGCAAGGUGAGACACGAGACUUUCGGCAUGUUCCACGAUACCGCAAAAAUCGGAUGCCAUCCUCGAAUCGGCUCAAUUGUUCACAUAAUGACUCCGACUUUUGGUGCCGAUACCUUGCAAGUUAGCUGGUCGAAUUGCAGUCGGAAAUAUAUUACACAAUUUCUCGACCAGGGUCUAGGCAAUUGUUUAGAUAAUACACCAACUGCGGUAAAAAAAUACGUUUACCCUGCUCUGCCUCCCGGAGUACUUUUCGACGCCGAGCGGCAAUGCCGGUUGCAGUUCAAUCUUACGGACUCCGACCUCGAUGCGUCAUCGUGUACGUCCAUGAAUGAAAUCUGUUCGGCUUUGUGGUGCAGAGUGAAUGGCGAAUGCGUAACGAAUAUGCGGCCGACGGCACCGGGAACCAGUUGUGGCGAUGGAAAGUGGUGCCAGAAUGGGAAGUGUGUGCCUAUUGAGCAAGCUUUGCCCGUUAACGGCAAUUGGGGCAAUUGGUCUCAGUGGAGUGAAUGCUCGAGAACUUGCGGUGGAGGCGUGUCUACGCAAAAACGGGAAUGCAACAAUCCGGUUCCGGCGAAUGGGGGUCUCUUUUGCAUCGGCGAGAGAAAAAGAUAUAAAAUAUGCAACUAUCAACCAUGCCCGGCGCGGGAGGUCAGUUUUCGAGCAAAGCAAUGUUCAAAGUAUGACAAUGUGUGCUAUCAGGGUGGAACUUAUAAAUGGCAACCAUUUUUCGAUAAAAAGAACCCGUGCAAGUUGCAGUGUACUGAUGUCGACGAUACGAUUAUAGCAAACUGGGGUGAAAUGGUCGCAGAUGGGACUCCUUGUCGCGUUGGCACCAAUAAUAUGUGCAUCGAUGGAAUUUGCAAGAAAGUUGGAUGUGAUUGGAUUGUGGACUCCGAUAUGGAAGAAGAUCAGUGCGGGGUAUGUGGUGGCAAUAACGAUCAAUGUAAGUUUAUAAAGGUGAGUAAAGCAAGAAAAAGUCGAUGAAGUUGGUAUAUUGCGAUUAUGUUUCAGGAACGAUUUGAGGAAAGUUUUAACAUAACCGAUGGCUAUGUAGAAGUUGUCACUAUUCCUGCUAAGGCGCGCCACAUUAUCAUAAAGGAGCUAACCAACUCGCAACAUUUUCUCGGCAUUUCAAAGGCAAACAGUAGUUAUUUCUAUUUAAAUGGCGAUAGUCUUAUAUCGAUGCCAGGAGAAUUUAAUGUCGCAGGCACAGAAAGCUUAUAUGAUCGGGCAGACGAACAAGAGAGCAUAAAAAUUCCUCAACCAAUUGAAAAUCCAAUAACAGUGCAUGUAAUUGUUCGCGGUGAGGUACUGAAUGCAAGCAUUUACUACGAAUUCACUUUGCCUGCGGUUAACAACACCAGAGGGAAGAGGUAUUCAUGGAAGUUGGGUGAUUGGACGCAAUGUACCAGCAGCUGUGGCGGCGGUGUUCAAUAUCGUGAGACCCACUGUUUUGAGGAGGGUGAAUUAACACCCGCCAACGAGCUGUGCUGGACUUUUGCACAAAACAAACGACCACCGCGCCGUGUACGAGUCUGCAACAAAAUCUCAUGUCCUGCCCACUGGUGGGCGGGGCCGUGGCAAUACUUGGGUCUCACGAUAUUGAACACCGCCGCCACAGCUGCUGGUACAUUGCGUCCAAUCACCCAACUUCCAUGA